AUGGUCACAAAGCCAAUGGCGGAUCCAAAUAUUGAGAUCCGCACUCCAAGAGACCCGAACACCUUGUCCAACUACCACAACUUUGUGACUAGACAUACGAGUGUUGACUUCGAUAUCGACUUUCAAAAGAAGCGGUUAUUUGGGAGUGUAGUGUUGACGUUGGAGUGUUUGACGGAUGAGGAGGUCAAAGAAGUUGUAUUGGAUAGCAGCUUCCUUGACAUCUCUGUUGUAGAAGUCGAAGGGAAGAGCGUCAAGUUCAACGUUGGCGAUCGCGUAGAACCCUAUGGAAGUCCUCUUACCAUUACUCUUCCAUCUAAGGUUCCUAAGGGAAAGACUGUCAAUGUGGAGAUCAAGGUCGCUACUACUGACAAGUGUACUGCACUUCAGUGGAUGACGCCCGCUCAAACUUCUAACAAGAAGCAUCCGUACAUGUUCUCGCAAUGCCAGGCUAUUCAUGCACGGUCUGUCUUCCCUUGCCAGGAUACUCCGGAUGUUAAAUCCACUUUCAGCUUCGCUCUACGCUCGCCACUACCGGUUCUUGCCUCGGGUCUGCCUACUGGAGCUAGUGACUAUCUACCUGCGAAGAAGGACGGCGAGAGUGGCACUAUGAAGUACACGUUUGAACAAAAGGUCCCAAUGACAGUCUACCUUUUCGCUGUUGCGAGUGGAGAUCUAGCUUGUGCCAGCAUUGGCCCACGCAGCACUGUAUGGUCUGGUCCCGAAGAGCUCCUCGCAUGCAAAGAUGAGCUUGACGGCGAGAUCGAGCCUUUCAUGAAGGCACUCGAAUCCAUUGUCUCACCCGCCUACCAAUGGGGACAAUACAACGUACUCAUUCUACCUCCUUCCUUCCCAUACGGCGGUAUGGAGAACCCAGUCUGGACCUACGCCACUCCCUCCAUCAUCUCUGGUGACAAGCAAAACGUCGACGUCAUCGCACAUGAGCUGUCGCAUUCAUGGUCCGGUAACCUUGUCAGCGCAGCAAGCUGGGAGCAUUUCUGGCUGAACGAAGGAUGGACCACAUAUUUGGAACGUAGGAUUGCUGCCGCCAUCCACGGAGAGGCACAUCGCCAUUUCUCCGCUAUCAUCGGUUGGAAAGCUCUAGAGCAAAGUAUCGAGAACUACGGCGCGGAUCACCCCUACACGAAGCUGGUUCUCGACCUCAAGGGUCAGGACCCAGAUGACGCGUUCUCUUCCAUUCCUUAUGAGAAAGGCUUCCAUGCACUUUAUCAGUUCGAACUGCUUCUCGGAAAGAAGAAGUGGGAUUCCUUCAUCCCACACUACUUUGAUACAUUCAAGUUCAAAUCUGUCGACUCCUACGACUUCAAGAGCUGCCUGAUAGAGUUCUUCGAGAAGGACGCUGAGAGCAAGCAAAAGUUGGACAACUUCGACUGGGAUAAACUCUUCUACGCACCCGGGUAUCCUGUCAAGCCGGACUUUGACCAGACUAUGGUGAAGAGCUGCUAUGAGCUCGCGGACAAGUGGCAAGCUCUGGUCUCCUCUGACUCAGGCAGCUUCAAGCCCCAAGCCUCUGACAUUGAAGGUUGGGUAUCUAACCAAUCGGUUGUCUUCCUUGAGAAACUUCAAUCAUUUGCUUCGAAGUUCUCAGCUGACCACGUGCAUUUGCUUGGCGCAACAUAUGGCUACAACGACACCCAGAACAUCGAAGUACUGUCGCGCUACCUGAGUAUUGGACUCAUGGCUAAGGCGCAAGCGACUUAUGAGCCGGCAGCGACUCUGCUAGGCAAGAUUGGUCGCAUGAAGUUUGUGCGACCCAUGUUUAGGUUGCUAAACGAGGCGGAUCGCGAUUUGGCUGUCAAGACGUUUGAGAAGAACAAGGAUUUCUACCAUCCGAUCUGUAGGCAGAUGGUUGAGAAGGAUUUGUUUGGAGAGGAGAAGAAAUAG